AUGCUCCCUUUUCCCCUGCUGUCAUCCUCCAACUGUCAUGCACGGCAGGAGCAAUACCUCUUCCUCGCCGCUCUCGCCUUCUUCUUCCUCGUCUCGCUGCUGCAGCUGCGAGUGACAUGGGUGGAGAAGCUCAGCGCCGUGGACCUGCCACCCGAGGGCUUUGCUGCCCUUGCAAAGACCGGACAGCCAAUCGGGACGAAGCUGAGUCAGCGUGCCAUGCUGGCAUACACUGCAGCUGACAUUGCUGCUCUCCACCGCGCCAUGAAGGAGGAUGCAGAGCAGGUGCGGCAGCAGCUGGCUGCAGGCAUGGAGGGGGUGGCGCGGGAGGUGGGGCAGCUGCGCCAGGCAAGCAUCAAGGCGGCAGGAGACGCGGGGCAGGUGCUGAGGGAGGGGCAGGAGGGGCUGCAGCAGCUGCAGGCGGAGAUCAAAGAGCUUAAAGCCCGCGUGCGGCAGCAGGGCGAGGAGCUGUCUCAGCAGAUGGCGGUUGUGGCUCGGCUGCAGGAGGGGCUGCAGCCACUGCAGGGCGAGGAGCUUGCUCAGCAGAUGGCGGCCGUGGCUCGGCUGCAGCAGCAGGCACGGCAGAAAAACGCUCGGGCUGCCGCUGCCGCCACCGCUGCCGCCACCGCUGCCGCCGCCACUGCUGCAGCUGUUACUGAAGAUGGCGGUGGUAGCAACAACAGCAGCGGUGGCAGUGGGGGGCGGGGGAGCGGGGUAUACCACCGGCCGUGGCGGAGGAACGGGUUCAGACGGUGGAAGAUCACGGACGACCGCCCGCAGUACUGGCGGCAGCGCGUGUUUGAGAAAUACGGCGCCUACGGCUUCGUCAAAUUCAGUGCAUACCGCAUGAGUGCACGGCGAAUAGCCAUAAUAGGCAUGGUGCCGGUGGACAUGGAGGGCAACACGCGCCUCACCGAUUGCACGUGGCACGGCUCCGAUGGCUCUCGUGUCCAUGGAGACCUCACAAUCAGCCUCGUGGGCAAGCAUCACAACUACAUCUAUGACGUGGCAGUGCUGCUGUGCACAUUCGACAGUGCCACCAAGGCAGCAGGCGGCCACCUGGAGGCGAGGAUAGAGCAGGAGAUACUGUACCCGUACAGAGAGGAGGCGAGUGAGCCUUUGGAUCCUCCUUCACCCCUCCCUCUCAACAUAGCAGCGUGCAUCUCCCCAAUCCACGGCAGCAUCGACGUCAGGAGGCUCCUCAAGUGGCUGCACUUCCACCGCGUGCUGCUCCCAGUGGACAGCUUCCUUCCUGCUCUACAAUACGGGAGGCAUCGUGGGCAAUGGGGAGGCGUGGGGUUCUCAACCAAUCCCUCUCUCCCUGAAACCACACUUCCCUUCUCGUCUCCGCUCUCCCUUCCCCUGCAGCCUCUGGAACCUCCUUCGCCUCUCCCUCUCAACGUAGCAGCGUGUGUCUCCCCCAUCCACGGCACCAUCGACGCCAGGAGGCUCUUAGAGUGGCUGCACUUCCACCGGGUCCUCCUCCCUGUGGACCGCUUCCUGCUCUACGAUGCGGGGGGGAUCGCGGGCAAUGGGGAGGCGGGGGCGGCGCACAAGGAGGUGCAGCGGGUGCUGGCGCCGCGGGUGAAGCGAGGCAUGGUGGACGUGACGUGGGGGUUCAGAGAGGUGCUGCAGUGGGACGUGUGGAACUAUGGCGAGCAUCUUGCCAUCCAAGACUGCAUAUACCGGACGCGCAACGCCGCCCGCUGGCUGCUCGUGUCUGACAUCGACGAGUACCUCCAAAUCCCGCCGCCCCUCUCGCUGCCAGCGCUGCUACAGGAGCACGAGUCGCUCCCGUGGCUGACCUUUGGCGCUACAGCCUUCAACGGCUCCUUCUGCUCGCCGCUACAGCUGCCACCGCAGGCAGCAGGGAGGGGGGAGGGGGAGGGGGAGGGUGGGGGAGGGGGCGAGGGGAAUGGGGGCGGGGAGGAGGGGGAGGAGGAGAGGAAGCGAGCUGCUGCGAUGGCUGCUAAUGAGGCCAAAUCUGCUUUUGCUGUGGAAAGGAUGCGGUUCAGGUGGGUGAAAUGUGGUGUUGGUGGCCCCACCCCAUGCGCUCUUCUACCGACGUCUACAGCCCCAGCCAGUGCCUGGACAAAGAGGGCUCACCCCUUCCUUACUUUCCCUCUCCCUCUCGUGCUUCCUCGCAGGUGGCCCCACCCCGUGUGCUCUGCUACAGACGUCUACAGCCCCAGCCAGUGCCUGGACGAGGAAGGCACACGGCGCUACAUCCUCGACCCGCGCCGGGUUAACACCGCCACAGCCAAUAGCGUCGCAUCCUCUCGCCCGGGGAUCAACCUCCCCGUGGAGACCGCCAGGCUGGCACGCUUCCCUGGUUUCAGCCAAUCAGGGUUCGCCACGUGUACGCUGGCCGAGCCAAGUGACAGCUGGUGGGAAAGGGAGGAGGGGGUGGCUGCGCUGGCGGAGGCGGCAAGGAGGUGUCCGGCCUUAAAGCCAUGGACGAAAGGGGCAUCUGCUGAGAAAUGCACGCCUGAAGGGAUAGCCGAGAGGUUAAGUGGAGGCAUAGACCCGCACACCCAUCUGGCCAUGCCCUUCAUGGGGACAGAAUCAUGCGACGAUUUCUAUUCGGGCCAGGCAGCAGCACUGGCAGGCGGCACCACCUUCCACAUUGACUAUGUGUUGGGAGCCACGCCCGCUGCAGGGGAGGAUCUGCUGCGGAUCCUGGCGGAGUAUGAGGGGAAGGCAAGGGGCAACGCCGUGAUGGACUAUGGGUUUCACAUGGGUGUCACGCGGUGGAGUGAGGCGGUGGCGCGGGACAUGGAGGAGGUGGUGAGGCGAGGCAUCAACUCGUUCAAGUUCUUCAUGGCGUACAAGGGCGCACUGCAGGUGGACGACCAGCAGCUACUUGACGGGUUCACUCACUGCAAGCAACUUGGCGCCAUCCCCCAGGUGCAUGCAGAGAACGGCGAUGCAGUGGUGUGGGGGCAGCAGCAUAUAUUCGACCUUGGGAUCACUGGCCCUGAAGGCCACCCCUUGUCCCGCCCUCCUGAGGUGGAGGAGGAGGCGACAGGCAGGGCCAUUCGGUUGGCGAAUGUGGUGGGGGUGCCUUUGUACGUGGCGCAUGUCAUGAGCUCAGGGGCUGCCAGGGAGGUGGCGGAGGCCAGGCGCAGAGGGCAGCGAGUGGUGGGGGAGCCGGUGGUGUCGGGCAUUGCUCUCAACGACUCGCACCUCUGGUCGCCUGACUUCAAGCACACCGCUCAGUUUGUGAUGAGUCCACCCAUCCGCUCAGCAGAGCACGUUGCAGCAGUCAAAGCAGCACUCGCCACUGGCACGCUGCAGCUGGUAGCCACGGACCACUGCCCCUUCAACUCGUCUCAGAAGGCCAAGGGGCGCCAUGACUUCCGCCUCAUUCCCAACGGGGUCAAUGGCAUAGAGGAGCGCAUGCACAUAACUUGGGAUGUGAUGGUGAAUUCGGGUCUCAUGUCACCCAGUGAUUAUGUCCGCAUCACAAGCACAGAGUGCGCAAGGAUAUUCAACCUGUACCCGCAGAAGGGCGUGGUGGCUGAGGGGUCAGAUGCGGAUGUGAUCGUGUUGAAUCCGCGAGGCAGCACCACCAUCAGCGCCGCCACCCACCACUCCCGCAUUGACACCAACGUCUACGAGGGGUGGCGCAUGCAGGUGAGUGUGGUGAAUGGAGGUGAUGCAAGAGGGGACUCUAAAGGCACCACCAUCAGUGCUGCCUCUCACCACUCCCGCAUUGACACUAACGUCUAUGAGGGUUGGCACAUCCAGAGCAACAUUGAGGUGACGGGCAGGGUGGUGUGGCAGCACGGGCGGCUGAACGUCACGAGGGGGGCGGGGCGGUUUGUCCCCAUGCGGCCAUUCGGCCCGCUGUUCCACGGCAUACAGGCGAGGGAUGCCGCCCGCCUGCAUUCUUACCAUGCCCCUGUGAGGCGAGAUGGGGAUGGGAGUGCUGCUGACGCUUAG